AUGGUCCCUUUCUCUGCCGAUACGGGGCUCAAGGUCUCUGUGGGGGUCUUCUUUCUAACAUCUUUCUUCCUUACAUCGUCCUAUAACGCUACAUAUGCCUUUGACCGUCCAGUCAGCACAGCUGUUCUGGCCUACAUUCUUCUUGGAAUAGCCUUCACGUUCUUAGGUCGAUUUUACCCAUCAUCAUAUCCGUGCUCAUCGCCCUCAAGCAAACGAUUUGGCAUUCCGCCCGCCCAGGAAUUCGAACUUCCAUCGCGGGCAUCCUCUCCUUCGCCUGCCCUGGGUCUCGACCAACGAGUAUCAUUCCGCACAGUCUUUUGGCUGAAACUUGCCUUCAUUUUGAUUCUUCUAGGCCUUCGAGUCGAGCUGUUCCGCCGCGUUACUCUCAACACUGAGUGCACUCCUGCUGGAUAUUCCUACAUUAUUCCAUUCAUUAUCUCACUCUAUGAUUAUUGGUGCAACCAACGAUCGCGACCACGGGAUGGAUAUACCCUCUUGCAACAAUCUCAGAACAUUCCAAACCAGUCGAUUUCCUCGAGCUGUCGGAAAGUCAUCUAUUACCUAACGCAAAGUCGCCUGAGGGGAAUAUUUGCUGCGGCUCUGAUCUCAGUUGGUGGAUAUACAGCCUCCUCAUUUCUAGCGGGUAGUCGGUCCACAUACAUUUGCCCAAUUGUCCUCAAGGGAGCAUCUCACUUUCAAGUAAUCAGGCUUGUCAAUGUGAUAGUGGACUCACUACUCCUGAUUGGUGUCACGGAAUUUCUUCAAAAUGGUAUGGCGAUUGAAGAGCCUCGCCGAAGGCGGCCACUGAUUUGGUUCGGGGCAGGGCUUCUUCUUGUUGCCGUGAUUUGGAUGAUUAUUGGGAUUUUUGUCACGAACACCCGUCCCGAGCACAGUGGUCAGCCCCUACUGGAUGCGAAAUAUUCACGCAGUGCUUUUGGACAGGCGCUCUUGGUCCUAUUCUUUGUUCUAUCAGCUUGGCAGAUGCUGCCGCAUUAUGGCGUUCUAGGAUUAGCGAUACUAGCUGGUUUCGUCCUUGUCUUCUUCUCCUCGACAUCGACUUUGUUCUUCGAGCAAAUGCCUUUUCCCUACAUUUCCCAAACCCAGGGCGUUGUUUCCGUGGUUGCAUCUUCCACGGGUGCAUUCUUAUUUCUCCUCUCGCGGAUCUUUUGGGAAGAGUCCUCAAAAUCUCUCAAUCGCACCAAUAUUGUUCUCCAGGUUAUCGUGGUCGUCUUGUGCGUGACCGGUCUAAUCUUUGCCUCGACCAAACACCACUUUUCGCAUACACAUCCUAUCGAUAUCCUCAUUCGUAAGGGAACCGCUCAUUAUGACGAUUACAUCCUCCGGGCUCGUUCCAGUCUUAAUCUUGAGGAUGCUGUUUGGGAAUAUCGAAGGCGAUAUCGCCGAGACCCGCCGCCUGGGUUCGACAAGUGGUAUCAAUAUGCGACAAGCCGAUCAUCUGUCAUAAUUGAUGAUUUUGAUCAAAUCCACAAAAAUCUGCUUCCUUUUCAAGCAAUCAGCCCGGCUCAGCUUCGAUCGAUGACCCAGCAACUGGCAACAAAUCCUUUUAACGACCUCGGCGCAAUCAGCAUCCGUGCAGGCCAAGUGCAUGUCCAAGAAGGCAUCAAGCCGACCCACGCAUGGAUGAUAAGCGGAGCAGCUAAUAUGAUUGAGAAGUUCUCUGAGCAUCUCCCAGAUAUGGACCUUGUGUUUAACCUCAAUGACGAGCCACGAGUGGCAGUUCCUUGGGAGAAGAUGCAACCGCUCCUUCAGGCUGCAAGACCGCAAGAACCAGCUCCUGAACGAGAAGUGCUGGAUCGAUGGUCACCGGACCGACAGGAUGGCUGGGGCCCUAUAGAGCCUGCUCAUCAAACCAAUGAAACGAUUUUUACAGAUGGAGCCUGGCGAGGCAUCUUUGAUCCAUACGUUAGCGCGGUUUGCCCUCCCUCUUCACGAGUGCGCACACGGCGUGUCUGGAAUCGGCAUGACAUCUGUCUUAGCUGCGCUGCGCCUCAUACCAUGGGCCAAUUCCCUAUUAACUUCGAUCUCGCCACAGAACUCUGCCAUCAACCCGACCUGGCCUUUCUUCAUGGCCUCCUGAUCUCUCCUGCUUCGUUCAAGGUGUCUCAAGAAUUGAUACCAGUAUUCAGCCAAAGUGCAUUGGCUGGUUUCAACGAUAUUUUGUUCCCCAGUCCAUGGAACUACAUGGAUAAGGCAAAGUAUGAGCCGUCGUAUGAGCACCCCGACCAAGAAUUUUCCGAAAAGAAUAACUCGUUGUACUGGGUCGGCAGCACAUCUGAAGGCUACAGCCGCUUCAACGAAUGGAAAGGCAUGCCGCGACAGCGAUUUUCUCAUCUCGUCAACAACAACACCGACAAUCAAGUUUCUGUCCUUUUGCCUGCAGGUCCGCGCUCUUGGGAGUACGAAAUAAUGGACGGAUCCGCGCCAUCUCGCGAGCUGAACUUGCGCGCAGAAGUCCACCUCGCUAGCCCGAUCACCCGCUGCGGCGACUGCGACACCCAACGCGACGAACUGGGCACCAGCUCCUGGGUAGAUUUCCAGGCCCACUGGUCUCACCGAUUCCUCUUCGACCUCGACGGGGCUGGGUUCAGCGGCCGCUUCCUCCCAUUCCUGCAGAGCCGAAGUCUUCCCCUGAGAACCGGGCUUUUUCGGCAAUGGUUUGACUCGCGCAUAGUCUCGUGGUUGCACUUUGUCCCAGUCGAUAUUCGCCUCCACGGACUUUGGAGCACACUCGCAUACUUCGCGGGCGUGCCGAAUCCCAACGCAGAGGACCUUCUCGAUAAUAAGCCCCCGAUGAGAAUGGAGGCUCACAUCAAUGAAGGCUGGUGGAUCGCCGAGCAGGGACGCAAAUGGGCGGAGAUCGCAUUGCGAAAGGAGGACAUGGAGAUUUAUUUCUUCCGGCUUCUGCUGGAGUGGGGUCGACUCACCGAUGACCAGAGGGACGUGCUUGGAUACAAACUAGCCACUUGA